GAUGUAACUACAGCCUCUGUCGCGUGCCUCAUCGGCGCUUUAUACUGUACGUUGUUUGUUUGUGUUCCUCCUGCUUUUUACCGUCGAAAUGGAGCUUGUUGGAAAUUAGCAGGCGUGUACCUCUUCGAGUUCUCAACCUUACUUGUGGAGAAUGAUCCACCGGCAGGUUUUUUUUAUCCCAGGUUUUGGUCUGCUUUGGGUGACUGGUCAAUAUGCUGAUGCAGCUCUGUAGUAUCAAGAACUUGUACCAGAAUAGGUUCCUGGGCCUGGCAGCCAUGGCCUCCCCGACACGCAGCCACCAGACCCGUCAGCGCUGCAAGGAUGCGGUUCGUCACAGCUACGGCCCAGAGACCUACGCUGUCAAUGGUCUGAACCAGGAGGACUUCCUGCUGGGGCUGUCGCGGUCUACAAGUGACACUGAUCUGGUUUCCCCAGACGCUCGCUCCACCCUCACCAUCAGCUCCUCCCACUACACCAUCGGAGAGUCUGAAGACCUGGUGAUCACAUGGGACAUCAAGGAAGAAGUGGAUGCCGGAGAUUGGAUUGGCAUGUAUCUUGUUGAUGAGGCUUUGUCUGAGAACUUUCUGGACUAUAAGAACCGAGGCAUCAACGGAUCUCAUAAGGGACAGAUCGUUUGGAAAAUUGACUCAACCUCCAAUUUCAGUGACUUUCGGUGUGCCAUCCAUCGACUUCCUCAAACACCGGACAUAGCCUUCAACGACGCCAUGGCUGCGCUGGCAAACGCUGCUUUGCUGGCCCACCCGUGUCCCACGGCCCCAAUCACCCUCACUACUGAGGCUUCCGACUACGCAGUGGGGAUUGUGUUCGGACAGUGUCUGCUUGAGGGCCGACACUUCACCGCCUUUGUGGACCACAAGCCACUGACAUUUGCUAUGGCCAAGGCCGCCGAGUCGUGGUCUGGCCGCCGACAGUGCCAGCUAUCUCAGAGAAAGUUCUUAACUCUUCUUGUCUAUCUGUACCCUCAGGUAUUUAAGCCAGUGGUUAGUCCUGAAGUCAACCAUGGACUGGGCAACAGGAGACUCAUUAACUUUUCCUUGUCAGACCUCCAGGCAGUUGGUUUGAAGAAGGGGAUGUUCUUCAAUCCUGACCCCUACCUGAAACUUUCCAUCCAGCCUGGAAAGCACAGCAUCUUCCCCUCGCUGCCACACCAUGGCCAGGAGAAACGCUCCAGAGUGGUCUGCAACACAGUCAACCCACAAUGGAACACGGAGAGGUUUAACUUUGUGUCUCUUCCCACUGAUGUCCUGGAGAUCGAGGUGAAGGAUAAAUUUGCCAAAAGUCGGCCAAUCAUCAAGCGGUUCCUUGGGAAACUCUCUGUCCCUGUCCAGAGGCUGCUGGAAAAACAUGCAAUUGGGGAUCGAGUAGUGAGUUAUUCGCUUGGUCGCAGGUUUCCAACAGAUCAUGUCUGCGGCCAGCUGCAGUUCCGCUUUGAGCUGACCUCUACUAUUCACCCAGAUGAUGAGGAGAUCUCUCUGGUCUUAGAGUCAGCCUGUCCUGAGGGGAGAAAUACAGUAAAUGACAACCAUGGUGCUGAUGUACCUGAUGAUGAUACAUUAAGUGUGGGACCUGACAUGCCGGACCUCCCCCUGGAUGCCCCUUCUGACCCUGAGACCUCAAUGCCACCAACCUCCUCAGCAGAAGCCUUCACACCUGAGGAGCUCCAUCCUGCUGAGGUGAUACCAGAGGAGCAAGAAACUGUGGACGAGGAGAGCACAGUGAGGGAGGAGCCCCCGUCUACAGAGCCACAGGUAGAGCAGGAGGAGGGGGCCCUGGCUGAACAGCAGGAGGAGAACAGUGGAGAGGAGAGAGGAAGGGAGGAGAGGCAGCAGGAGGGAGAAGAGGAGGAAGCUCAGCAGGACAUGACCGUAGAAGAAAAGGAGGUUGUGGAGGAAAUGCAGUCAAAGCCAGACUCUGACAAUCCUGUUGUAGUAUCAACAAACAUUGGGGUUGCUACUAUGGAGGUCCCCACAGAGGGAAACAUCACUUCCCAAGAGUCCUCUGUAGAACAAGAGGCCCCACAGCAGGUGACAGAGGGAGAAGAAAGAAGCUGCAUCCUCUGCACCUGCAAAUCCCUCUUCUCAAACUACAACUCCCAUGCUCCUUUGCGCCGCAAAAACCGGCCCUGCUCCCUUCCGGUGUCAGAGUUGGAGACGGUGAUUGCGUCGUCCUGCGGAGAGCCGGAGACACCCCGCUCCCACUACAUUCGUAUUCACCACCUCCUCCACAGUCUUCCCUCGGCCCAACAUAGAGCUCCCAGUCAGGAGGAGGAGGAGACCGGGGAGGGAGAGAAUACAGGCACCACUCAAGACACUACCUCCACAACACUUAAAACCUCCAAAGAGGAGGAGGGGCAGGAAGAUGAGGAAGAGGAUGAUACAACCCAGUCUCCCUCUCAGGUCCCAGAGUGUCCAGGCCCCUGCUGUCAUCGCUCCCUACCCCGCAGCCUCUCCAUUGAGCGGCUCUCUGAGCUGAACCAGCUCCUGGAAGGUGAAGGAGUAGGACAUACAGCAGUCAGGAGGAUCUCUCCCUCCUGCCUCGAGAGCGAGGAGGGGGAUUCCAGUAACGGAGGAGGAAGGAGAGUUGGCGGGAGCACCCACAGACAUCCGGGUGAAAACGAGUGUGAGUUUUGCAACACCUCCUGCUACAGCACCUCCUGCUACAGCACUUCCUGUUACAGCACGUCAUGCUACAGCAAUUCGGGCUACGAGGGAAGGAGCCGCUUCUGCAGCCAUACCCGCCUCUCCUCAGUGGACAGCAACAGACUCUCUGGUAGUACCGUCUUCUCCUCACAGGAUGAAGAUGAAGAUGAAGAGAGUGCCUUCGAGUCAGUACCUGAUGCCGGCCUCUCGCCAGAGGGUCAAGAGGUGGGCGGGGCAGGAGGAGAGAGGAGGACGGAGAGGUUGAAGGAGGUCAGGAGAGGACAGCAGGGGGAGCCAGCUGUGCCAGGGCCUAGCGACAGAAACAACAUUGGCUCAGGCUUCUCCCCUCCUGUUGGCCAUCUUCCAGUCCUGCGACCCAGCCAUGACCUAAACCAUUUUCCUGCUGCCACUGACAAAGCAUUACCUCCAAAUUGGGAAGCUCGUAUCGACAGCCAUGGUAGAGUUUUUUAUGUGGACCAUGUCAACCGUACCACAACCUGGCAGAGACCAAGCCACAGCAGCAAGUGUAACCACGGCAUACCCCGCUCAGGAUCCACACAGCAGAUGGAACAACUCAACAGGAGGUACCAGAACAUCCAAAGGACCAUGGCCACAGAGGAGGAUGGUGGAAGUCCGAGGUUAGAGCGCAGUGGCAGUACAGAGACUGAUUCUGAUAUUGCUCUGACAGGCCCCGCCUCCCCUGUCAAUCACCAGAAGAUCAGCCAUCUCCUCCAAUCACCUGCUGUCAAGUUCAUCACACACCCAGAAUUCUUCACUGUGUUGCACAGUAACUAUGCAGCCUACCGGGUGUUCACCAGCAGCAGUUGUGUGAAACACAUGAUCUUGAAGGUGCGUCGCGAUGCCAGGAACUUUGAGCGCUACCAGCAUAACCGGGAUCUGGUGGUUUUCCUCAACAAGUUUGCAGACACUCAGCUGGAGCUGCCAAGAGGCUGGGAGAUCAAGACUGACCCCCAGGGAAAGUCUUUCUUUGUGGACCACAACAGUCGAGCCACAACCUUCAUUGACCCUCGCAUCCCUCUGCAGAAUGGCCGGCUGCCCGGCCACCUCGCUCACAGGCAGCAUCUGCAGAGACUGCGCAGCUAUAGCGCCGGGGAGGCAUCUGAUGUUUCCAGGAGUCGUGGGGCUUCCCUAAUGGCCAGGCCUGGAAACAGCCUGGUAGCCGCAAUACGAGGCCAGCACAACAACACCUCACAACAACUGACUGCUCCAUCUUACAAUGACAAAAUAGUGGCGUUCCUUCGACAGCCAAACAUAUUUGACAUGUUGCAAGAGAGACAGCCAAGCCUUAGCAGAAACCAUGCACUAAGGGAGAAAAUCCACUACCUUCGGACAGAAGGUACUCAGGGGGUGGAGAAGUUGUCAUGCGAUGCAGACCUAGUCAUCCUGUUAAGUUUAUUUGAAGAGGAGAUCAUGACUUAUGUUCCACCUCACCCCAUCCACCACGGCUUCAGCAUCUCUCCUCACUAUUCCCCUGCCUCUUCACCACAGAACUCUCCUGGCAUGCAGAGGGCCAGGGCUCCAGCUCCUUACCGCAGAGACUUUGAAGCCAAACUAAGAAACUUCUACAGGAAAUUAGAAGCCAAGGGCUACGGGCAAGGACCAGGCAAGAUCAAGUUGCUGAUCAGGAGAGACCACUUGCUGGAGGGAACCUUUAAUCAGGUGAUGGCAUACUCCCGCAAAGAGCUGCAGAGGAACAAACUCUACGUUACUUUUCUGGGAGAGGAGGGAUUGGACUACAGUGGUCCGUCCAGAGAGUUCUUCUUCCUACUGUCUCAGGAGUUGUUUAAUCCAUACUACGGUCUGUUUGAAUACUCAGCUAACGAUACUUACACCGUUCAAAUCAGCCCCAUGUCGGCAUUUGUUGAGAACCAUCUGGAAUGGUUCCGUUUCAGUGGUCGCAUACUGGGCCUGGCUCUGAUCCAUCAGUACCUGCUGGAUGCUUUCUUCACCAGACCCUUCUACAAGGCCCUGCUCAGACUGCCGACAGACCUGUCUGAUCUGGAGUAUUUGGACGAGGAGUUCCACCAGUCUCUACAAUGGAUGAAAGACAACGACAUCACUGACAUUCUGGACCUCACCUUCACUGUCAAUGAGGAAGUCUUUGGCCAGGUGACAGAGCGGGAGUUAAAGUCGGGCGGCUCCAACCUCCAGGUGACUGAGAAGAACAAGAAGGAUUAUAUAGAACGAAUGGCCAAGUGGAGGGUGGAAAGAGGAGUGGUGCAGCAAACAGAGGCGCUGGUCAGAGGCUUCUACGAGGUGGUAGAUUCAAGGCUGGUGUCUGUGUUUGAUGCGCGUGAGCUGGAGCUGGUUAUCGCCGGUACAGUCGAGAUCGACCUCAGUGACUGGAGGGGCAACACAGAGUACAGAGGAGGUUACCAUGAUGGUCACAUAGUGAUGCGGUGGUUCUGGGCCGCUGUGGAGCGGUUCAACAAUGAGCAGCGUCUCCGCCUGCUGCAAUUUGUCACCGGGACGUCCAGCGUGCCCUAUGAAGGCUUCGCUGCACUGCGGGGAUCCAAUGGCCUCCGACGGUUUUGUAUUGAGAAGUGGGGAAAAGUCACAUCAUUACCCAGGGCUCACACCUGUUUUAAUCGUCUGGACCUGCCUCCAUACCCUUCAUACACCAUGCUGUAUGAGAAACUGUUGAUCGCAGUGGAGGAAACCAGCACGUUUGGCCUGGAGUGAGCCAGACAAGACAUACAAGUCAACACUGCAUCCCUUUCUGUGUGACAAAAAAGUUAAACAAAAAAAAGCAGCUCUCGUGGGCCAGAUACCUGGAUUAUACUCAACAAAGUUUUUGGUCAUGUGGAUGUAUGUCACUGAUAUGGUACUGUAUGUUAGAGUCUCUCACUAUGACGGCACCCAUCACUUAGUACACCACAGUAGGACUACGGUUAUUUUUCUAUUAAUAAACUCUAAAAUUAUAUAAGUAAAAAAAUAAUAAAGUAAAAGAUAUAUAGACAGAGACAAGCACCAAAUGGAAACAGUAAUGACUACUGAACAAAUAAUGCAAACAGUGCGCAUACACAAGCUUCAGGUUUGCCAUUUGUCACAUACUAAAUGAGAAUUGGAGAAGUUCAGAUGAAUCUAUCUAUACAUGGCUUUAAAGUAUAAUGCAGAUUUUUUUUAAAAGCUCCUCAGAGGGAACAAUCAAGUCUGCUUUCCUAUCUGGAAAGCCUACAAGGAUCAUUAUGAAUCUUAUCUGAAAUGUGGUGGGCCAGUAGGAAUGCCUGUGGAUCUGAGACUGGGAUCUAAUGCAUAAAUUAAUGGAAAUGCGAUGUAGCUUUGUGCCAGAAAUCUCACAUUUGAAGGCCUUAGAAGAUCAGAAAAUCAUUUCAAUCGUAUCUAAAACUGUAACAAUGUAAAGAUGCUUGAAAUAUAUAAAUAUUGUCUGUUUGCUCCAAUCAGAGCUGCACAUGAGCGAGGACUUUUUGGUAAUUUGACAGCAGACAAAAAUAUAUAGAGCUGCAGAAGUCAAAGCAACAAGAGAAAGAAAGGAUGGACUACUUAUUCUAGACAACUAAGCAUUUGGGUCUAAAUUCAAGAAAUCAUAGCAAGUGACGGAAUUAAGGAAUACUGCACUUUGCAAUGUGAUUACAAAAAUAGGCUAAGGCUAUCAGGAUCACUAUUCUUUAUUAGCAGAAACAGGGACUAAUGUGUUUUCAGAUAAUUCAGUGAGUCCAGGAAGAUUCUUGUAAAUUGAUAAGAAAAUAGGGCCCUAAUUUGAUCCUUAGAUUACUACAAUUACUGGGAAAAUAGGACCCCUGAAGAGAUACAAAAAUUUCAAUAAUAUUUAAUCCAACCAAACAUCCUUCCUUUUAUACUCUCAACUAUAACUAUAGCAAUGAAGUUUCUUUUUCAAGCAAUUAAGUUUCUUUUUCCAAACAAUGGCUCCUAAUUGUUUGGAGACACAAGUGAACUGUGAAAAGUCUUUAUUUUCCUUAGAAAAUGUGUUCUGGCACACUGGAACUGGGGAAAGAGUAACAUUAGGAAUACUUGGUCUUGGGAUACUUGGUCUAAUUCAGAUACACACUACUAUCUGAAUUAAAGGUAAAGGGUGAGGUAUAUCCCCUUAAAUAGGUGGAUCUAAUGGGUAGUUGCAGACUAAACAACUACUACAAUACUUUUGAAUACUCAAGAAGUAUGGUAUCGUCCAGGAAGGCACCGUCCCAUUCUCUGGCUCUCUCUGAUUCUGUCCAAAGUGAGGACAGAAGCAGCCCUGCCUACCAUACCUUUCUUGUUCUUCUCUGAAUGGACAGCAAUAUUACUGACAAAGAACUUCAACAUUCUCUCUAAGCUUUCUUGCUCUGCUAUGCUUUCAAAAGCAGACAACUAUCCCGUCCCUCCUAUCGAAGUUGCCAUCAAUUCCAACACAAGGGCUUCUGGGAUUCCUUCUGUGUAGAAUGAAAGGUGGUCAUAUCAACCAAGCAAACAGGGAACAUGAUUCCUUGACGACAAAAAAAUAAAACACUGUCUCCAGCUGACAAAGAUGAGUAAGAAUCAUUUUGGACAACGUGGUGCUUCAUCUUUCAGCAUCUCCGGUCCUGCUGUUUGAUUGGGAGAUGCUUGUACUAUUAUUCUAAUCCUCCACUGAUGAACUUGUUCUAUCUGACUGUGUCCUCCAACUCUUUGCAUGGAGCAAGUACUCUAAUAUCUCAAACCUUUACUGUCUCGAACAAUGUGACUGGUGCAAAGCAGCAUGUUAAGGGCCUGAGAUUAUCAAAUGAACAAAUCUGGUACUUCUUGUGAUGUGUAACAGGGGACCUUGGACCAAUAUAAUAAAUGCAAUAGUUAAGAACAUCACUCCAAUGUGUUCCACAGUCUACCAUGUUCUUUCAGAAAAUGACCGACUCAGCAUUCCUAGCCCCAGAUGUCUACAUCUGUAGUCAUUGAGUAGUAGUAAUUGAGGAGUUACUUACUGCCUCCGAUGUGGCCUGUGGGGUUGGGGUGCUUACUUGUGCUUAAGCCUGACAUAAGGAAAGUCCUGAAUUCAGAUAUUUGCCUUGGUUCUUUUUUUAUUAACAAUGAUGUGCAUGUUCUCCUAGUGUUUGUGUGGGUCUCCUCUCCAUAACACUAGUUAGAUUCAUUGGAGACUGAUAAUCCAUUUACAAUUCAGAUAGCUAUCUGAUAUAGAACAAGCUAAGUAGAAAUGCCACCAAAAAGCAUUAAAGGGAUUGAAAUACAACACAUUUUAUCCAGAUGUUGAAAAGAUAUAUAAAAGCUUUCAUCUCUCAAAGCCACAUAUAUUAUCUUUACUCCUCCCAGGAGUACCUACGCAGUUUAUGAUCACAACCUCUUGGUGAUCUAUGUGAUUAAAAGGGAUUUUAAACAUUAAAGUGUGUUUACAGGUUUUGGGGAGUUCUACUAAUAGUUUUCACUAUACGUGAAAAAUGUUGUACAAAGGCUUUAAGUGUCUCCAGAGUGUCUAAUAAAUUUCAUCAAGUGAUGUCACUUAAGUUGGCGUCGGGUAUGAAGUUUGAAAAUAAAAGAAAUCUUGUGUUCUGGAGUUAAAAAGAAGUGAGCUUAACAGACCACAAUAGCAGAGGAGUGCCUCAUCUCUGCUUGAGGCUAGAGGCUUCUGGCUACAUUAGCCACUACUAGCAUUAUACACUUGACUCUCCGACUCAACUGUUGGCUAAGUGCUUUGGUUCCCUAACCACACAUUAACCAUAGUCUUAUUUGCCAUGACGACAAUCUUUUCCUAACCUUAACCAUACCGUAGUUGCCAUUCGAGAUAUUGUACAAAAUUACAAUAUUUUACAUUGUUGCCAUUGGAUUUUAAAAUGUUUUGUCAUUGAGCGUUGUUAUCUGGGCUUCAACAAUCCAAUAUUGACAUUUUUGUCUGUAAAUGGGGUUAAGGUUAAUGAUGACCUUGAAAUGGGUUAAUUAUACCCUUGAAAUGCAAAGUGUAAAUAAGGCCUAAAUGAAAGAUGAUUGAAAGCAUUCGUCUAUUAGCCUUGAGAGAUAUACAGUAUCCUUCCCGGUUAUUCACCCAAUGCAUGGUGGGAUAGGCUGCAGCUCUUGACCCUGAAUAGGUGGGUGUAAGGAACAGAUAGAUGCCACCUAUGAAAUGUUUUACACAGGUCCUAAUGUUUGACAGAAUUUGGCCAUUAACCUAAGCAGAAGGUCGGAUUUCAUGAUAUGAUUUGACUUCACUUUUUCAAAUUCAUUUGAAAGAGCAAAAUGAUUUAGUACAGAAUUUAUUACAAUGUGGUAAUGACAUAAACCACAGAAAUACAGGAUUUUGGCGUUUAGAAGUUUAGAGCACUAGAUUUGUUAAAUCAAAUAAAAAAAAGAUUAGAAUGAGUCUUACCCUCACUGGUAAACUGUACAGGCAAGUCAGAUCAGUAGUACUACAGACAUCCUUAGCAGACAAACAGUAUAUUACAAACACACAAGGCUGUGAUUUAUGUUGCAUCUUCACCGUCCCUUUUUCUAUACAAUUGUAUUGUACUGUUAUUUAUACUGUAUUGUAUUUAUAAGUAAAGGGAAGUCCUGAAGCUUUACUUCAAUGUUUUGUUUGUUUGCCGUUUUUUAAUAUGUUGAGAAGCAUCAGUCGAAGAGUCUGCCUUCUCUUUUGAAGCCUUUGAGUUUUGAUGCGUGAAUUUUCUAUUGUCUAUUAAGUAUCUCUCUGUUGAAGAAAUGUUUUACCGUGGAGUCUGUCUCUGUUUCCAUUCAUCUUUUUCUGGACGCAUCAUAUAGCAUCAGUUUCACUAUUAACUAUAUAAAAAAUAAAAAUACAUUUAUUCCACAUGGAAGAUGCCACAGUAUGUCAUACAUUUCAGAGCCGCAUGUAAGUUUUGUAUUUUAAACACAUUAUUUCGGAAAAGGAAUGGUUACAAACACUCUCAUAACACUGAUAUAUAAGUGCAUUGAAAGCAGCAUUACAUAAUUAUUUAAAUAAGCUUUUGGAAGUAAAGAAUUCUGAGGUAAAGGUAAGGUGCAGCUGUUUGGUAGCUUGUCUUUUCAAGCUAUAAACUAAGGGAUGUGUGAAUGGCUGGAUGGGUGGUGGCAACUUUGCUGGGAAGUGACAUUGAAGCAUGCAUAAUUUUUUGUUUCUUGUGUGUGUGGAUUAUACACAUACUAUAUGUACAUCAUGUCGAAAGAUAUAGUCUUAGAAUGGGUUGCUAAAUAUGAGUAUUUAGCAACCCAUUCUAAGACAAAGACAGCCUGAGGCUGUGCUAUUGCUUCACCACAUCAUACAACUGUUAAAUGAAUGUCAAUAAAAAGGCAACUUUGUUA